AUGAAUGAUUAUGUAACUAUUACCAAUGAACAUUUAUAUGUCCAGCAUGAAUUUAUUCAGCCACAAUUUAUUUACAUACAUUUUAAAAUAUUGCCAAAAUAUGGUAAACUAUACUAUUCAUAUAAUUCAUUUAAACAAGAGCAUGAUAUUUUGACACCUGAAUGUGAAACAUUGUAUAAAGUCACACAAAAUGAUGUCAAUCUGAAAAGGCUCAGAUAUUUUGCAAAUAAUGUUGAUGGAAGCAAACAAGAUCCUAAUAUAGCUUUAUACGAUUCGGUUACAUUUGAGAUUUAUCAAAAUGAAUAUCCUAAUCUACAAAUGAAUAAAUUAAGCGGUGUUUUACAAUUUCAAAUCAUACUGAACAACAUUAUGCUGAACAAUUCAGUACAAUUAACUCUGUUACAAAAUGAAACAAAAUUAUGGCUUAAUACAGAAAUGUUACAAGUCCAAUCAAAUAGAUGGAAAAACUAUCAACACGAUUACCAAACAAAUCACUUUACAUUCUUCCAUAUCAAACAACUGCCUAGUUAUGGCAAAGUAUUCGUAGAUACAAUCCCUAUACAUAGAUUCAGCUACACACAGUUAGAACAGAACCGAGUAUAUUACGAGAAGACAAAUUUCUCAUCACCACAUGAUUCAUUUACCAUUGCAAUAAAAAAAUCCGUCUGCGGAACGUCUUUGAGAACUCGAUCAAAUAUCUUUGAUUGGCUACCUGAUGAAUUAUCUAGCGAACACUCUUCGUACAUGACUCUUACCGUGAGUAUAACUGUACAGUCGUUGAUUUCCUUUGACACACUUUAUGUUACUCCUGGGAAAAUGACUAAAAUUAAUGCAGAAAACUUGGAAAUAAGUAAAUUCCAUGAACUUUUGCAUAAAUAUAACAUUCCAAACCAAAUAUCAACUAAGAAUAAUCGUAAGGUCAUGUCAAUCACAAUGUUCACAUUUCCAACUGGAACGAUGUUAAAAUCAGGGAGAUUUUAUAUUAAUAACCGAUUAGUUAUUUCAAGUGGUUAUUUAAAUGAUAAACUAACUAGUUCUAUAGGUAUCAGUUUACAAGAUUUCCUAUCAAACAAUGUUUAUUUUGAAGCAUAUCAAAUACCUAAUGAAAGUAUAAAAAUUUAUGAAGAAACUAUUCCAUAUAUAUUCACUUUAGGAACAUUUUAUACUCCACAAAUGUACUUCAUCACUUCAGAUCCUAUUUUUGUACAACCAGGUUAUGGUGAUUUAAAAAUUUCAAUAAAAAACUUUUUAUUUCCCACAACAGCUAAUAAUAGCUUCACUAAUAAUGACAGUAUAAAUCGAAGUGUCUCAAUUUCAUCACCUUCAAUAGUAUCGUCGACAAGUAAGCUAGAUAUGAUCAAAAAUAUUUCCAGAUAUUCUGGUACUGGAAGAAUCGCAUUUACAGUUGCAGGACUUUCCCUAUCUUUAGCAUUUAUAUCAGUUGUAAUAAUAUGUUCAAUCGGUUGUUGCAUAUAUAAACGUAAGAAUAAAACAAGUAAAAAGAUUAUAGGUAUGUCGAACCAAUCAGCAGAAAAAGUAUCUACUUCUUUUCCAUUGACAAUGACCACAUUAACAAGAGAAACUGUGAAUAGUCCAAAUAAGUAUAUACUGAAGUCAAAUCAUGACUCCAUCGAAUUAUGCUCAGUUCAUGAUAUAAAUGAUAGUGAGAAACUUCAUUCCGAUGAAGGAGUUAACAAUCUUACAUCGUCAAAUCAAUCAUCGAGAGUCACAUUUGAUAACAAAGUUGAUAUUAAUCGUAUCAUUACUGUAGAACCCUCCGUGCAAUCAGCACAAGACUUUUCGUGCAAUUGUGAUUUUAGUGGAGCAGUUGUUUACUGGACAACAGACAUGGAAGCCGCUAGUGCUAUACCGUCUAUCAGCUGUCAAAGUGAUAAUAAUUUUUCCAAUUGUGGUAAUUAUUACACUAAUCAUGCGUUUCAUUUGAUUUCUACAAACGAUAAAAUAAUAUCACAACCACCAAUAUUAUCUUCUCCAAUACCAUCAAAUAUUUUGCGAACGCAACAACAUACAGCACAGCUUUCUAGUCCCGUUCUUCUUGCUCAGCUUCCUACGACUAGUUUGAAUUUACCACAUUUAACAUUCUUUUCUCCAUCUGAAGCGGCCAAUCAAAUUAACAUGAAUGUUAUUCCAUUGGAGUCACAGUUUCUAAAUGCCAGCAAAGUCGAGAAUGAUAAAAAUAAUUCGAAAAGGAAAGUCGAAAAUAUACAAAUUAGUUCUGAAAUUCCCGAUCAAGAUAAUUUAAAAAGUUUUGAUAAGGUGACUGAAUCACGGUGCAAUGAUUCUUUGUGUAAUGAAAGUCAGAAGUGUAACAGUACAAAUACACCAUUGAUUUGCAUUCAAAACAAUGUAUAUGGUAAAUAUUUUGAUGUCAGUCAUAUGAAUGAAGUAAUUUGA